AUCAGACCUCCGACGGAGACGCGCAAAAGGCACAGGGAAAAAUCGCAUAAGAGCAAGGAAGCUCUGCAAUCAAGCAAAGGCAAAGCCCUGACAUUGCGCAUCUCGCCGGAGCUUGCUCCUACGCGCUCUGCAACGAAGAAGAUGGCAAGAAGAGGAGGGAACACGCCUUUCCUGGACGCGUGCUUCCUCUGUAGAAAGCCGAUCGCCGGCGACCGCGACAUCUUCAUGUACAGAGGCGACACGCCUUUCUGCAGCGAGGAGUGCAGGGGCGUGCAGAUGGAGGCGGACGAGGCGGCGGAGCGGAAGGAGAAAGCUUGCUCCGGGAGGCUGACGCAGCCGGUGCCACCUGCCAGCGAAGUGCAGGCCCCUGACGAGCGUGGAAAGGUUCGAGCAGGGUCGAUCCUAGCCAGCUAGCCUUGUAACUGAAGUUCCAAAUCGUGUCUGCCGGUGACUUUUUUGUUCUCUUUCGAAGAUCUCACAUGAUCGCUUUCGUUUCCGCAUAUACACGGGUUUGUGUUUUUUUGUUCAAACCCUUGGAUUGUACUUAGUGAUGGUUUUCAUGUACCAUUU